CAGGGCUUGUGUGAACUAAACAAAGUGGAAGGGGAGGAGCAGCAUCGGGAGAAAAGUGGCCACACGGUGUGCCAGCCCGUCCGAGCAGUCGCUUACAUCUCAGAUCCGCCACCGCGCAGGGAGCACAGCGAGACGCGUCUGCCAAGUCCUGUCCACUCCACUUGGUGACGUGCAGAGCGGUGUACAGACAGGCCACUCGGCGACCAGCACACAGCCGCUGCCGGUGCACGCUGUUCUUCCUUUUGCUGUAAAAUGCAACAGCAGUCUUUGCGGGAUAAAGACAGCAUUCACACAUAAGCGGCGUCGUAGCGAAACAAGGACAAACGCCGGGGGAAACAGGAGCAGCGAGCGGCCGGGGGAGGUGUAGACGGCAAUACUCAAAAGAUCUAAUUUGCCUGUGAUGAGCAUCCCCAUCCACCAGAGACCAAAGGCAUCCCACUCUUCGCCACUGGGAGAAAUCAAUGCCAGGGUGCAGAACAAAGAGAAAGCCCCCUCUGACUUCACCAAGGCCAGCCCCUGUUGUUCCCUCUGAGAGGAAGAGGAAGUGAUGUCACGCCACCACCACCGCUUUGAGAGGGACUACCGGGGACCCUGGGAGCGGAGAGACAUCCGUCCUUCUGGCCUCCACAAUGGAGGAGCCAAUCAUAGCUGUGCCUCUGCUGUUGUCAAUGGCAACAACCGUCCAGGGCUCCUUCCCCUCCCAGUCAUCCCCUCCCUCCUCCCCACCCCGGUCACAGUUGCCGUGACAACAUCGAGCAGCGACAUAACGGUCAAGCGAGGCAUCACGGCAGCAGGAGCAGUGGCUCCGGUGUCGGCCAAGGUCUCCGGUCUGUCUCCUGGAGACAGCCAGGCACCAGGAUUGCUGCUGGCACCAGGGGUGAGGUGGGGGCAGACACCCAUCAACCAGCUCACACCCUGGGACACAGAUGAGCCCCCUGCUAAGCAACAUCGAGACAGCGAGCCCGCCGUUUCGACCUGGGUUGCACCAGUAGCAGCAGUGAGUCAGCCCAGCCUCCUGCCGCACACCUACGCCCUUCCCCAGCCGCCAUCCUACAGCCACAGCGUGACUGCGCAGUCACCUAUCAUAGGAGUAACACCAUCCAUCCAGACACCAGUGCCCCCUCAACAUCCUCUCAUGACCACCCACUUCCAGCUGACGCCGCAGUCAACCCAGCAGCCUCCCUCUAUGGUACUGAGCAUGCCCAGCCAGCCUCCAUACCCCUCUGCUCAACCCACGGUUGCACCAUCUGCUCUCACUGCCCAAGCCAACCAGGUGGUUCAUCCAAACCCUCACAGCGUGAUGGGCAAUGGCCACUUAACCUCUCACCCAGGCCUCAUCCAGCCCCCCACUCUGCCUUUGACCAAUGGACAGGCGGCAGCGGUGGCUGCAGCAGCAGCAGUGGCGGCAGCGGCGGCGGCACAGGGCCAGCCCACAGCUGCAGACAAUCAGGAUGGUCCUAACGGGCUGCAAAUGCUGCGGACAGUCGGGAUGGGGAAGUACGAGUUCAGUGACCCAGGACAUCCUAAAGAGAUGUUGAAGGAGCUGAACCAACAGCGCAGAGCGAAAGAGUUUACAGACCUGAAAAUUAUUGUUGAAGGCAAAGAGUUUGAAGUCCACCAAAAUGUUCUAGCUUCCUGCAGCUUGUAUUUCAAGGACCUGGUGAAAAGGUCAUCAGGGGAGACGAGGAGCGGGGAGAUGCUGGAGCUGAACAUGAGCAACAUCAGUGCUGACGUGCUAGAGCUGCUGCUCGAGUUCGUCUACACGGGAUCGCUGGUCAUCGACUCGGCCAAUGCCAAGACGCUCCUGGAGGCCGCCAACAAGUUCCGAUUCAACACCUUCUGUAAAGUCUGUGUCUCCUUCCUAGAGAAACAGUUGACUGCAGCUAACUGUCUGGGAGUACUGGCUAUGGCUGAAGCCAUGAGUUGCACGGAGCUCCAUAACAUGGCCAAAGCUUUUGCACUGCAGAACUUCCCAGAGGUGGCAGGACAAGAAGAGAUUUUGAAUGUGUCCAAGGAGGAUCUGGUGGCCUAUCUGUCCAACGAUAGUCUGAACACCAAGGCUGAGGAGCUGGUCUAUGAGACAGUCAUCAAAUGGAUCAAGCAAGACUCUAAGUCAAGAGUGCAGAAUUUGUCAGAGCUGUUGGCAGUGGUGCGUCUUCCCUUCAUCCACCCGUCCUAUCUGCUGAACGUGGUUGACAACGAGGAGCUCAUCAAGUCAUCAGAGGCGUGCCGCGAUCUGGUCAAUGAGGCCAAGCGCUAUCACAUGCUGCCCCACGCACGCCAAGAGAUGCAGACGCCCAGGACUCGACCGCGCCUCUCUGCUGGUGUAGCCGAGGUGAUAGUUCUGGUGGGAGGGCGUCAGGCUAUUGGGAUGAACCAGCGCUCCCUGACAGCAGUCACCUGUUUUAACCCUCAGAACAGUAAGUGGUACCCGCUGGCCAGCCUGCCCUUCUACGACCGCGAGUUCUUCGGUGUCAUCUCGGCAGGAGACAACAUCUACCUGUCAGGUGGUACAGAGUCUGGUGUGAUGGUGGCUGACGUAUGGUGCUACAUGUCCCUGCUGGAUAACUGGAAUCUGGUGUCCCGGAUGACGGUGGCUCGCUGCAGACACAACAGCCUGGUGUAUGACGGCAAACUCUACACCAUUGGGGGACUGGGCGUGUCAGGCAACCUGGACCACGUGGAGAGGUACGACACUAUCACCAACCAGUGGGAGACAGUUUCUCCUCUUCCUAAGCCGGUCCAUUCGGCGGCAGCCACGGUGUGCGGAGGGAAGGUGUACGUGUUCGGAGGUGUGAACGAGGCAGGUCGCUCUGCAGGUGUCCUCCAGUCCUAUGUGCCACAGAGCAACACCUGGAGUUUUAUUGAAUCGCCCAUGAUAGAUAACAAAUACGCCCCUGCAGUGAGUCUAAACGGCUUUAUAUUCAUCCUGGGUGGAGCCUACGCUCGAGCCACCACUAUCUAUGACCCAGACAAAGGCAACAUCAAGGCUGGUCCCAACAUGAAUCACUCUCGGCAGUUCUGCAGCGCUGUGGUCCUGGAUGGGAAGAUCUACGCCACAGGAGGCAUAGUGAGCAGCGAGGGUCCGGCCCUCGGCAACAUGGAGACCUUCGACCCUUGCACCAACACGUGGACUCUGCUGCAGUCGCUGCCCUGCCCGCUCUUCAGGCAUGGCUGUGUGGUCAUCAAGAAGUACAUUCAGAGCGGCUGAGGGUGGCCGAUCACACUGGGUCGAUGCCAAACACCAGCUGAGCUCCAGGUUGUGGGACGGUGGGCGAUGGCAGCUUAUGGCCGGGCUGGUCAGUCAGUGACCUCUGGACUUGACGCCAGCAUCCAUCCAACCCGUUUCCUGUCCCACCCCUUUUGGAAAAAAAGCCCUGUGCAGAAUGUACUCAUGUUCAACUACUCAGCCAUGUCAGGUGACAAUGCCUAACCUCCAGUACUGUAUGUGUCAUGGUAGUAGAUCAUCCUCUCAUUAAACAGGCACAGGGACCCUCUUAGUAAAUUACAAACUCCUUGGUUUUUGAUGAAGUCAUCAUUGUUUGCGUUCUGCUUUUUACAGAUCUGUUUUUAACUCACCAUUUCCCUGCUUCUUUACUGACUUAGUGCAGUGAAAGCCAUUACUAGUCCAGUUUCAUGUCCCUUUUUGAGAAUUAUGUUCAACAGGUGUAGUUUAUUUGAAAGCAGUUUCUUUUUAGUGUAUGAGUAUUUUUCAGUAUUGACAUCUGCAGGAAAGAAGGAGAAGUGAUGGAAAGGAAUCCGACCAUUUUCCUCGUUCCCAGUUGAUUUGACGAGUUUCUUCUCUCCACUGUAUCAGGAAAUGAAAUUCCAACUGAACGUGUGGAUUUAUGAGGUAAAUUUUAAAACAGAUUUUGAACUCUGUGUAACCCGGUUCUUUUAAUGACCUGCUAAACAUAGGAAAAACCAUAAAAUCAGGGUCAGGUAGAGUUUAAAGACAGAAAAUCUUCUUCUUCUUUUUUUUUUCUUGUGCAGCCUGAUUGAGAUAUCAUCUGGAGGGUGAAUGUCUGUUUUUUUUUUCCCCCACUUUGAUUCAUACUCUCUUGCUCUCUGGAACAAAAAGAACGUUACAUUUAGAGAAGGAAUCCGUCUGCCUGCUGACGUCUGAUCAGAUGUUCAAGUUUGGGACUGUUCCUCUGGGAAAAAAAAAAGCACAAUUACCACCUGUGUCAUAUCAUAGAAAUUAUCUGUUGAUCCAUGUCUCUCAUCAGUUUCUCCCCACCUUCUAUUUCUUUUAUACAAAUGUGUUCAUUGCAACCCACAAAAUGAUAAUGGGUUGGUAUUCUGUAAAUACAGGAAGGAAAAAUGUAUAUUUUAAAACCUGAAGGCAAUUCUGUAUAAAUGUUUUUAGAAAAAAAAAAUGAUAGGCUGGAUUAAAAAUGGUAUGUCUGUAAAUCUGUACCCAAAAAGGAGAAAUUAACAGUUGUUAUUAUUGAAACCUAAUACAUAUACUAGAACAUGAA